AUGAAAGUUGCCGAGGAUCAGGUUGUUGAAGAUGAUACAGGUUUCCAGGAUGAUGAGGAGUCAUUCUUCCAAGACAUUGACCUCCUACAGAAACAUGGAAUUAACGUGGCAGACAUUAAAAAGAUGAAGUCGGUGGGUAUAUGUACUGUGAAGGGGAUCCAGAUGACUACGCGCAAGGCUCUUUGCAACAUCAAGGGCCUGUCAGAAGCCAAAGUGGAGAAAAUAAAAGAAGCGGCAGGAAAAAUGCUGAGUGUCGGUUUCCAGACAGCCUUUGAGUACAGUGCGAAGAGGAAGCAGGUGUUCCAUAUAUCAACUGGGAGCCAAGAGUUUGACAAACUGCUAGGUGGAGGUAUGGAGAGCAUGGCCAUCACGGAGGCCUUUGGAGAGUUCCGCACAGGGAAAACCCAGCUGUCUCACACGCUUUGUGUUACUGCGCAGCUGCCAGGCGAGGAUGGAUACUCGGGUGGAAAAGUCAUCUUCAUUGACACGGAGAAUACCUUUCGCCCAGACAGACUGCGAGACAUCGCAGAGAAGUUUAAUGUGGACCACGAUGCUGUUCUGGACAAUGUGCUUUAUGCCCGAGCCUACACCAGUGAACACCAGAUGGAGCUGCUGGACUUUGUAGCAGCCAAGUUUCAUGAAGAAGGAGGGGUGUUCAAACUGUUGAUCAUCGACUCCAUCAUGGCUUUGUUUAGAGUCGACUUUUCGGGGCGUGGGGAGCUGGCUGAGCGUCAGCAGAAGUUGGCCCAGAUGCUCUCCAGGUUGCAGAAGAUCUCUGAGGAGUACAACGUAGCAGUGUUCAUCACCAACCAAAUGACAGCUGAUCCUGGAGCAGGGAUGACAUUUCAAGCUGAUCCCAAGAAGCCAAUCGGUGGGCACAUCUUAGCCCACGCAUCCACCACAAGGAUCAGCUUGAGGAAAGGUCGUGGAGAGAUGAGGAUUGCCAAGAUUUUUGACAGUCCUGAUAUGCCGGAGAAUGAGGCCACGUUUGCCAUCUCUCCUGGUGGAGUUACUGAUGCCAAGGAGUGAGGGAUCAACUAAGAAGAAACUCCAGUUCGAGGCUUAUCUGUUAUUUAUACUAGUAAUUUACAUAUGAAUAUUUUCUUGUAUGGAACUCAUCACUUUGUCUGG